CAAAAACUUAAAACAAAAGUUUGAUAAAUAUUCAAAAAGUUUCCUCGUGGUCGUGUGUUUGUUUAUUAAAUUGGAAAUAAUGAAUAUCCCCCAAGAUGAUAUACUUUCCUUCAUGGAUUUGCUAGAUCUAGACGAAGAAUUAAUCGACAAACGACUGUCUAGUUUAAUUAAUAAAAACUCCUUCAGUGCAAAACAGCUAUCCAAUGCAUAUCAACUGUUGAGAUACAAACAGCUUAUAAAUAUUCAGGAAUGCACAGAUUGUGAUAAUGACAAUGAGUUUGCCUUCGUCGUGAAACUGCUGGGCGAGCUGCAUCCAUCGAGCGUCGAGAUUGUCGGUAAAAUAACUUUUACAGUGCUAUCUCUACAUCGACCCAGUCUGUUAAGUAAAUCUGAACAUUUGCUUCAGCAAAUACUCAGUGAUAUGGAGCUUACUGAAGAGGCAAUAAAAGGAGAGGAUUUUCAGGAGUCAAUCUUACUGAAACUGCAAGUCUGUGAUAGUAUUCUGGAUGUUGUGAUAAAAAAUGGUGGGAAAAUAUCUUUGCUUUGCCUAGAAACACCAUUAGAAAACAUUCUCAUGUGUCAGAAUGAGUUAUUGAAAAAAUAUUUUCUUGUGAAGUCUGUGCCGAACUUGUUUGAAGGAGUGGUUCAUUACAAUGUGCUGGAUCGCAUUUGGAAAUACAUAGGAUCUAUUGAUCACACCCACAAACACAAAGCUUUGAAAGUCCUGUGUAGUUUGUCCGAGUUCUACCUUCCAGUGGCUUAUAAAGAUUCAAGGUUACAAUUAAAAUCUGAUGUAGUUUUUGAGAAAAAGUUCUGGGGUUUAAUCCUGUUUGGAAUGCAGUCUGUGGAUCCUCAUCACAGGAAAAAUGCUAUUUAUUUAGCUAAAAGGUCAAUAGAUUGCCUGUUGGCUGCUAAAAGAAAUGUUGAAGUUGUAUCUGAUGAUGGCUGUGUGCUUUUAAAAUGGGAGAGCAAUAAAGAAAAUCAUUAUAAAAAUAUAUGGGACAAUUUCUUUAUACUCAUUGAAAGUUUAGAAGAAAAGCAAAGUAAUAUUGUGAUACCAUCUCUGCAACUGUAUGACAGUGUGAAGGGCAUUGGGAGGGUCUGGUUGAACUGUGCAUUUGCCAUCGGCCUCAAACAUGACAACACACAAGUGAAACAAAUAUGUAUUGAGUACAAAGCAAGUUAUUCCAUUCAAAGCAUUUCAGAAGCAAUUAUGGUAUUAGAAGCACUAAAUGAUCUCAAUUUAUAUGAUGGUAAUGAAUCUGUAGAAAAGAAUUUAAAGGUUAUUAGAAUGUUGGCAAAAGACAUGAAUAGUGCACCUCAUAUAUUCAAGGCCCUACCAUUACUCAGUUGGUCCCCUACACCAUUAUUUUAUACAAGCCUUUUUCUAACAUCUUCAAAUUUUGAGGAAUUCCCAUCAAAGGUUGGAACUGUCUGCACGAUAGAAACAAUAUGCAGAAUACUUAAACUGCCAUGCAACAACGUGUUAGUUAGAAAAGCUGUUCAUAUUCAUGCUUUGAAAUUUGUUUCACAAUGUUGUAAAACAAUAAAUCAGCAAGAUUUAGCCAACAUAUGCCUGGCUCUUCAGUCUGGUGCUUGUAGCAAGAGGAAAAACAUUGAGGAUGUUGAACAGUAUCUGGCCUCUUGGGUUGCGGGUGCUACUAUAACAGACACAGAUAAUCUUCUUAAAUAUAUCACUAGUGAAUAUACUCACAUAAGUAUUAUUCAGGCUUAUCUUGAUAAUGCUAAACAACAUGAGGACUUCACAUCCGCAAUACAAGAAAAAAUUGCAACUUUAGAAACUAUGAACAGUAGGCAAUAUUGCAAUAAAUUAGAGUUUUUGAAAGAUUUCAAUUAUUUAACUCAGCUUUACAAAGAAACAAUAAGCUCAAACACUCCACAUUUAACAAUGAUACAUGGUAUAGUAAACAAAGAUUACAAAAAUCUUAUUGCAUAUGUAUCAAGCCUUCUAGUUUUUGACAAAGUAAUAGAGGUGGAUGAUAUCAAAACAUGUGUUUUGAACUGUAUGGACCUGCUCAAAGAUGCCAAUGAUGAUCACAAAGAUGCCUUAUUGCAUAUGCACACUCUGUGUUUAACUAUCUUGAAAGACAAUACAUGUGAGUUCUUCCAAAGUAAAGUGUUUGCCAUUAAUAUUCUUAAAAUUAUAGAGAAAGUUUUAAAUGAUCACAGGAAAGACCAGAUUACAAUAACAGAUUUCAUAGAAUUUAUAGUUCAAACUAAAUGUAACAAAAACAUGCAUGACAAAGAAAGCCAAGGAAGACUGCAGAAUGCAUUUUAUGAAGCAGCUUGUGAACUGCUUUACAGUCAAAUAAAAGACACAGAAAAUAUUGAAAAACAUCUGGAAAAGAUACUCACUUUCACUGAUAAUAUGGCAGAGUGUGGUGGAUAUGGUUGCUUGAAAUGGAUUCUAAAGAUAGUCAACAAAAUCUUACCAGCAAUAGAGAUAAACAACAUUGAAUAUGAUGUUGAAGCAUUCAUUAACAGGAUGUGGAGAGAAACUGAAGAGCUGAAAUCAAACAGUGAAUAUAGUCCAUGUAUUAAAGAGUUUGUAAAUUUAAUAACAAAUGAUGUUGUACUUAAGGAAGCCAUGUAUAAUAAUACUGUUCUAUGUUAUUGCAAAAAGAUAGUUGAUUAUGGUGCAGUAUCAUUGACACCACUAUGGUGCUUAGUAGAAAGUCUUAAAAAGAAAAAUAUAGCAGUAGAUAAAGGACAAAUGGUUUUUGUGCUCCUUGAGAUUCUUCUGUUUGCUCCAGUGCCAAGGAAAGAUCAGAGAGUCCUGGAUAAUACCCUGAAAUGUGUAUUGGAGCUGUAUCCACAGUACAAUCACCUCUUCAACUACAUGAUUCAGUACACAUCAGUCGAGAUCCUUUUAACAAUAAAAGACGAAAACAUAUACAAAAGCCUCGUCCAGUUGCUCAUGUCGAGGCUGAGUGACUUGUUCAAGAACAAGCAGAGAUACCACGGGAACUCAUUCCACCACCGAUCCCUGAUGUUGGGUAUCCAGCACAUAUUGUUUAUAAUUGUGAUUCGGCCGACUAGUGUCGACAUGGAUAAGGUUGCUGACUGGGCUAUGGAGAUGUUGGCUAAGUUGCCGCACCAGACCGGAGUCAAGGCCGCCCUGGAAUGGCUGGUCUGCUUGUACUUUUAUUUGAAGGAAAUUCGGAUUUAUGAAAGUAAUAUUCAGUCAAUCGAGAGAUUCAAGGAUGUGCCUCUAGUCUCACAGAUGAUAAUCAUGUCAAAAGUUCUGUACCACCGUAUUUUAAACGAAAAAUACGAACCUAACGAAUUUUAUUACAUGUUUAACUUUCUAUUGACUCACACUAUGGGACAAAUGUUCAACAUAAGACUACAUGCCCAGUAUUUAUUCACAAUUGUAAAUAAAUAUGUCAAUUACCACAUACAAGUAGAACACAAAUACUUAUCGAAGAUAAUUGAACAUAACUUAAACGAAUGCGCUGAAGAGAAGAAAUACAUAAAAAUGCAAGAAGAUUUGUUCCUGAAUAAAUUCGAUAUAGAAUGUAUGACGCCAGUUGGAAUUUACUACUACUUGCCGAAAAUAUGUGAGGAUAUUGUAGAAGAGCCAGUGAAAGAAAGUGCAGUAAUGUUACCCCCUGCUAGUAAAUGUGUUGAAUAUAUUAAGGAGAAUAACUCAAAAAGCGCUAUAACAGAAAUUUGGUUAUUUGAAUGCAAGCAGGAGAAUGAAUGGGAAAAGUUUCAGACUGUUGAGAAGCGGGUGACGCUCGAAAUUAAAGACGAAGUUGGCUCGCUCACGAUCCAGAAGAAAUACAUACCGUGGAAGAAUAUGAGCGAUUUGACUGUGUACGAGAGUGAUAAACAGAGUACAAAGUCCGACAGUGAGCUAAUACUGGUGGCGUCGCUGGUGGACAAGCUGCCCAACCUGGGCGGCAUGGCGCGGUCCGCCGAAGUGUUCGGAGUCCACACCUACGUCGUGGACAGCCUCAGGCAUUUGCAGGAUAAGCAGUUCACUGGGCUUAGCGUAUCCGCGGAGCGAUGGGUGAACAUCGAGGAGGUGCGUCCUGGGCGGCCGCUGAAGGACUACCUGAUGAUGAAGAGCUCCCAGGGCUACACGCUGGUGGCGGCCGAGCAGACCUCCAGCAGUGUGCCGCUACAGGAGUUUAGGUUUCCCAAGAAAACUGUGCUGCUUUUAGGGCAUGAGAAGGAAGGCGUACCGUGCGACCUGCUCCCGCUCAUGCACCAUUGCGUGGAGAUCCCCCAACAAGGGUUCGUGAGAUCCUUAAACGUCCACGUCACCGCCGCCAUCUUUGUCUGGGAGUAUUCCCGCCAAAACAUGUUUACAAAGCCAUAGAGUUUUAGUUGUAAGGUUUGAUCAUAGACUAUGAAGAUGUUGAAAACCUUGUUUUAAAUUUGUUGUACGUGUAAGUUUUUAUUUUAUGUUGUUUGU